AGUGUGUUUCUUUUAUUGCUGGUCACUGUGAGAUAAACAUGGCGUCUGCAGGUCUUCAGGUCUUUGGCAUCUUCCUGGCAGCCAUCGGCUUUCUGGGAGACAUCAUCAUCUGCGCCCUGCCGAUGUGGAAGGUGUCUGCUUUCAUUGGGAACAACAUUGUGACGGCGCAGAUCUUCUGGGAGGGCCUGUGGAUGAACUGUGUGAAGCAGAGCACUGGCCAGAUGCAGUGCAAGGUCUACGACUCCAUGCUGGCUCUGCCCCGAGACCUGCAGGCAGCCCGGGCCCUGGUCGUGAUCUCCAUCCUGGUUGUCUUCAUGGGAAUUCUCCUUGCGGUUGCAGGGGGGAAGUGCACCAACUGCAUUGAUGACGAGGUGGCCAAGAGCAAGGUAGCCAUUGCUGCGGGGGUGUUCUUCAUCAUUGGUGGCAUCCUCUGCUUGAUCCCUGUGUCCUGGUCUGCUCACGAGGUCAUCAGGAACUUCUACAACCCCAUCGUGAUUGACGCACAGAGGAGGGAGCUUGGGGCCAUGCAGACUCAGCUUGUUGGUGUGUGUUUGGCAAUCAUUGGCUUUCUUGGCACCAUCCUGAUCUGCGGGCUGCCUAUGUGGAAGGUGACAGCCUUCGUUGGGGCAAACAUCGUCACGUCUCAGGUCUUCUGGGAAGGUUUAUGGAUGAAUUGUGUGAUUCAGAGCACGGGCCACUCACAGUGCAAAGCCUAUGACUCCAUUCUGGCUUUACCACAGGACCUGCAGGCAUCCAGGGCUCUGAUCUGCGUCUCCAUUGGCGUCAGCGUGGUGGCCAUCGGGCUCACUGUGGUCGGGGCCCGCAGCACCAACUUCUACCAUGACGACAGGCUGACCAAAGCCAACGUUGGCCUGUCCGGAGGAGUGGUGUUCAUUAUAGCAGGGCUCCUGUGUAUAAUUCCUGUCAGCUGGUCAGCUCACAGCAUCAUCACAGGUUUCUACAACCCACUGCCCACCAGUGAGAGGAGGGGAGAGCUCGGUGCUUCCAUAUAUGUGGGCUGGGCGUCUGGAGCUCUGCUCGUCAUUGGAGGAGGGAUACUGUGCAGCACCUACAGGUGCUGAGGCAGAGAAGAAGAGAGUGCACGAUGCCAUCCGUCAAUUACUUAAACUACUAAAAAACGUAAUGUGUUCACUGUGAUGGACUUUAUUUGAUUAUAGCUCGAUUUUCAACAUUUAAUUGCACUGUUUUAACAUUUUGCGAUAAAUCAGUUUCAAAUCUGUGUAAAAUAUUAAAAUGUGUAGCACGUUUAAAGUGUAGAAUAAAUUGUUUGCCCAGGGCAGGCAGUGUUUAUUGCUCUUUUUAAAGUGAAGGAUGAAAAAACGAAGUCUCGUUAAGCUAGUAGUUUUAUAAUGUGACACUUCAGGAUGUUAACUGAAUGAAGGAUUCAGAAACAUCAGUUUAUGUGAGAUGUUAUAUAGCACAAAUUAUGAAUGCUGCAAGUAUAAUCACUUUUUAAGACCUGUAAAACACCUUUAUUAUCAUGUUUGAUAAUGAUCUUAUACAGUAUUUCUUAAAAAAAACAA